CGAGGGGGUGCUGGCCUCGCGGUCGCGCGUGCGCUGUUUCUCCGCUCUUCGCGCUCCCUGAGGCGACGGGAGGCGGGCAUGGCGGCGGCGGCCUUCCUGGCCCGUGGCAGCGGGGCGCCCAGGGCGCUGGCCUUUGGGUGCCUCCGCCGACUGCACACAGUGUACCAGACAGCGGAGCUGCCGGAAACCCACCAGAUGCUGCGUCAGACGUGCCGGGACUUCGCAGAAAAGGAGCUGAUGCCUCUUGCAGCUCAGCUGGAUAAGGAGCACCGCUUCCCGGCCGAGCAGGUGAAGAAGAUGGGUGGUUUAGGGCUGCUGGCUAUGGAUGUGCCAGAGGAGUAUAAAGGAGCAGGCCUCGACUAUCUGGCCUAUUCCAUUGCCGUGGAGGAGAUCAGCAGGGGCUGCGCAUCCACAGGCGUCAUCGUCAGUGUUAAUAAUUCCCUGUAUUUAGGGCCGAUACUCAAGUUUGGCUCUGAAGAACAGAAGCACAAGUGGAUUGCUCCCUUCACCAGCGGGGAUAAAAUUGGAUGUUUUGCCCUUAGUGAACCAGGAAACGGCAGUGACGCAGGUGCGGCAUCUACAGUGGCACGCCUGGAUGGUGAUGAGUGGGUUCUGAAUGGCACCAAGGCCUGGAUCACCAAUGCCUGGGAUGCCUCGGCCACCGUGGUGUUUGCUACUACGGAUAAAUCCCUGAAACACAAGGGCAUUAGUGCGUUCCUGGUUCCCAUGCCAACUGCUGGGCUGUCACUGGGAAAGAAAGAAGACAAGCUGGGAAUCCGAGCCUCUUCCACUGCUAACCUGAUAUUUGAGGACUGCCGGAUACCCAAAGCCAACCUCCUGGGGCAGCUGGGAAUGGGCUUCAAAAUUGCCAUGCAAACUCUGGAUGCAGGAAGGAUUGGUAUCGCCUCACAGGCUCUUGGAAUAGCACAGGCAGCUCUGGACUGCGCUGUGGAUUAUGCUGAAAAGAGAACGGCCUUUGGGUCACCCAUCACAAAGCUACAGGCAGUGCAGUUUAAGCUAGCAGAUAUGGCCAUGGCCUUGGAGGGUGCGCGCUUACUGACCUGGAGAGCUGCUAUGCUAAAAGACAAUGGGAAGCCCUUCACAAAGGAAGCGGCGAUGGCCAAGCUGGCUGCAUCAGAAGCUGCAACGGCCAUUGCUCAUCAGGCCAUCCAGAUCUUAGGUGGGAUGGGUUAUGUGACAGACAUGCCAGCAGAACGCCAUUACCGUGACGCUCGCAUCACGGAGAUCUAUGAGGGGACCAGUGAGAUCCAAAGACUGGUGAUAGCAGGUCAAUUGCUGAAGGCCUACCGUAGCUGAAGAAGUGGAUUGGAGCAAGACACUGCCCCAAAGUGCUUUGUAACAGUGCACUACAGUGAUCGAGUCUUGGCCCUCUUGAACGAGGCUAAUGAUGGAAGCUUUCCUCACCAAUGAGUAACUGGCCCUCUUGUUAAUACGUGCUGAUUCUUCUUUGGACAAAGUAUGGUGCAUGGAAGGCCAUAUCUAGGUUUGUAAGGGAUGUCUGUGAGUGCAGGAGGGUGAGGGAAUCUCUCCUUGUAGGGGAGCGUAGGUCUUUUCUUAAACUGGAGUGUUGUUUUGGUCUGGUAGCAGCAAAAUGACUUUGCUGUUCAGUGAAGUCAGCAGCUCUCCCUGUCCACUGAGGAGAUGUGCAAGGAUUUGUACGUGGUACUGGAUAACCAGUGCCAAAGUUAGAGCCUGUUCCAGGCUGCAGGUUACUCUGCUUCUCCUGACUGGACAUUAAUGAAUUUCAGGCAUAGGAUGCAGCUAUAUGCAAGUGCCUAACUGGACAGGCUGUGCUGAGGUGAUCCUUGCAGCAGUGCACUUUUCCCUACUUCCAGACAGGAGGACACAGGUACCACCUAUGCACAAAGGGCUCUUCCCACAGGCUGUGGUUGCUGUCUAUGGAGAUGUAAAAACAAAGGUCAGGAAAAAAAAAAAAACAAACACGCCACCACCAAACCACCCUCGACCUUGCCCAGCAGAGCCUAGCAGCCUGCUCACUCAGCCACUUAAGGAUGUAGGUGUAAAAGCAAAGGACAGAAAAGCUGCAACAAAACAAACAACCAAACACACCCCCCCCGCCACCACCCCCAGCUCCCAAAGCUGCUUUUAUUAUACUGACAACUACUCAACAGGAAAGACUGUGCAUGAUGUGACAGUAACAGCCUUUAAUCUCUACAUGUUUUGGGCAACAACAAGGAAAUGAACAGAUGACAUAGAAAAACCUUACCAGGAAGCUUUAGCAGCAGCACAUAUCCUCAAUCAGUUAUCUUUGGCAAGAAAUUAACUUUUAGAAGAUUCAACAGCCAAAAGAGAAGCUCUAAAUUCAGGAGAAGAGGGAGAGGAUUAAAACUGCAGCCUAUAUGGUUGGCCAAGUACACUUGAGGUAAAGGGUUAUUUUCCUGUGGUGCCAUUUAAUUUGUGUGGAGAGAAAAACCAGCAGGAUUCUAUUAUCCGUAAGAGAGCAGAGAAGACAAAUAAAACCUGAUUUUAAAGGAC